AUGAGUACCUUUGAGGAUGACGAAUUCGACUCAGGCGACGACCUCUUUGACGGGGUUACCGCAGAAGAGCUUGUCCAAAAGCCAAGUGUCAAGCAUGAAAGAGACUACUCAAUAGGGGUGGAAGCUCUUAAUCCUGCGAAAAAGGCGCGAUUCGCGCCCGAAAAUGCCGAGGACCAGUCGAGGCUUCUUCUCGCUGAAAAGAUCCUGGCUGAGAACUUUGGGCACAAGUCUUUCAGACACGAACAAAAGGCGGCCAUUAAUCGAAUCCUGGCCGGCAAUAAUGCUCUCGUUGUUUUUCCAACAGGUGCCGGGAAGUCGUUAUGCUACCAGAUACCCGCAAUUGCAUUCCCCGAGCUCGAUCGCCAAACGAACGAGAGACAUCUCAAUGAUUCGGGAAUCAGCAUCGUCGUUUCACCCCUCAUUGCCUUGAUGAAGGACCAGGUCGACGCGCUCAAAAAGAAAGGCAUCGCAGCGGAGUGUAUCGACUCUACCAAAACUCGAGAGGAACUACAAGAGAUCAACAAUUCACUCCGCGAGGGAAAGCUCCGCCUGUUGUACUGUGCUCCAGAGCGGCUGAACAACGAAGGAUUUGUCGAGAUGAUGAAGCGUGUCAAGGGUGGUGUGCGUCUCAUUGGUGUUGAUGAAGCCCAUUGUAUCUCAGAGUGGGGACAUUCUUUCCGUCCAGACUAUUUGAAAGUUGCUCGAUUCGUCAAGGAGAUUCAUGCGGAGCGAGUCAUUUGUCUGACUGCGACAGCCACCCCUCCUGUUGUUGAUGAUAUCUGCGAGGCAUUCGACAUUUCCAAGGAGGGAGUAUUCAUGACGUCCAUGUACCGUCCAAAUCUCAUUCUGGAGGCCAAGGCGAUGGCAACAAAGCAGGACAAAUAUGAGCCUCUUUUCGAGUUCUUGAGAACCCACUCAGGUUCUACUCUCAUCUAUGUGACCGUUCAGAGGCAAGCAGAGGCCUUGGCUUAUGAACUAACUAAGAAUGGGUUCCCCUCUCACUUCUUCCAUGCCGGCAUGAAGGUGGAAGAGAAGAAGAAAAUUCAGGACGAGUUCAUGGCCUCGAAGAUCCAAAUUGUGGUUGCGACGAUCGCCUUUGGCAUGGGGAUUGACAAGUCAGACAUUCGCAACAUUGUCCACUGGGAUCUACCCAACACUGUCGAAGAAUACUGCCAACAGGUUGGCCGAGCUGGCCGUGAUGGGGAACAGAGCCACUGCAUGCUCUAUCUUUGCCCCGAAGACUUUUACAUCAAAGAGACAUUUGCGCGAGGAGACUUGCCUUCCCGCAACUCCUUGCACAACCUUCUGACGGACAUCUUUGAUACCGAGGUUGUUACCAAGCCUGUAGGCGACACGUUCAAAGCAAGCCAUUACCAUCAAGGGGCGGAAUUCGACAUUCGCCAGAGCCCCUUGAGCGUCAUUUAUGCCACGCUGGAACUGAGAUUCAAUCUCAUUCGGGCAGUUACACCGGAGUACAGCUCGUACAAGUUUGAGGCCACACCUAGUUACUUCCCCCGUCUUAAGAACGACAAGUCCCCCGAAGCCAAAGCCAUCCUCGAAAAGGCACGAAAGGCGAAGAAAUAUCACACCAUUGACCCGUCUGAAGUGGCUUCACUCACAGGAACAUCUCGUAUGGAAAUCGUCAAAAUUCUCAACGAUCUCAACGACUCUGGCGCCAUCAUACUCACCGUUGGCGGGGUGGAACAAAAGUACAAGAUCCUGAAGGAGCUCCCAAGUAUUGAUGCCGAGAUUGAUGCUCUGACGGAUGAGGUGUACGCAAGUCUGCAAGUGCGUGAGAAGCAGGCGCUGGAAAGAAUUCAGCAGGUGAUCAAAUUCAUCACUGGGCGAAAGUGCUUUGGUCUUUCGAUUGCUGAGCAUUUCGGGAUGAGUCUCCCUGACGGCAAGAAGAAGUGCGGACACUGCACAUUCUGUCUCAGCGGCAAGGCUAUAGAACUGCCACCAUCGCCACCCAAGACUUUGAACCGGGCAGCAAUUCGAGAAGUGUUGAACGCGACUGAUGUCCGAGACGACGCGCGAUUCCUUGCGAGAGUUGCUUUUGGCAUCAAGAGCCCACGGGUGACCAAACUGAAGUUGGACAGGAACCAUGUGUUUUCGUCGAUGGCGGAUUCUAAUUUCGAGAUGAUACUGAAAGAGUUCGAAAAGGCGUGUGAUGAGUGA